AUGGCACCGCCGCCGCAAGACUCGCCGAGCUCCUCGGCGGUCGUCGACCUCGCUGCUGUCUCGCCUGGCUCGGAGACACGCGAAACGUCUCUGCGUCCCGCGACUCCGAGUGUAUGUACACCGUGCUCCGUGUGCCGCUCCGCUUCAAAGGGCGAGGGAGAAGAAGGGGACCGGGACGCGGAGACGCUCGGCUUUGAGAUCGUUCAGCACUUUUCCCUGAAAACCAUUUGCGUCCGCGAGUGGAAAUGCAAGCAAACGGGCGUCCGUGUGAUUCUCUGCCGCAUCGCUUCUCCCCUGUGCAAUCUCUACGCGACAUUCCCCACCGAGGCUCACACAGACGAGGGUCUCCCUCACACCCUCGAACAUCUUGUCUUCCUCGGAAGUCGACGUUUCCCCUACAAGGGAGUGUUGGAUUUCCUCGCAAAUCGCUGUCUCUCCCAAGGCACGAACGCGUGGACGGCAACGGACCACACGACCUACACCCUCACCACUGCAGGCAGCGAAGGCCUUCUGAAUCUCUUGCCCGUGUAUCUGGACCAUUUGAUGCUUCCGACGCUUCAAGAUAAUGCGUUCAAGACCGAGGUCCACCAUUUGACGCGCAGUGCUGGCAGUGCAGGAGUCGUUUACUCUGAGAUGGAGGCGCGCGAGCGACAGGCCUCGUCUGUGCUCUAUCGGAAGCUUGUCGAGUUGGUCUAUCCCGGAGACAGCGGCUAUCGCUACGAGACGGGCGGCCUCAUGGAGCAAAUUCGCCGGACGUCGAAUGCGCGAGUUCGAGAGUACCACGCGAAUUUCUACAAGUGGAGCAAUUUGUCGUUGAUUGUGACUGGUCUCGUCGAGGCGGCUUCGCUGCUGCAAACUGUACGAAGUUCAGUCCAGCAAAUCGAGGAGGCUCGGGACCUGCCUGCGCCGGCAGCGCUCUCGUCCUGUCCUGGCCUCGACGAGGCGAUCGCGAAGGCAGUAGGCCGGCCAGAGCACGCCGACCGACCUCUCGCCUUCUCGGGGCCACGCCCGUGGACCGACGACCGCAACGUCGUCCUGCCUGCGUCGCCUUCUCCUUCCCGCUUUCAUCGGGUGUAUUUUCCGGCGGACGACGCAGAGAGCGGGAGAGUGGCCCUGGCCUGGCGCGGACCCGCGUGGGGCGACGUGGCGGGCCGCGAGGUCGUCGACAUUUUGGGCAGUUACUUGUCGGAGGGAAACGUCGCGCCUCUCCAGCGAGAACUCGUCCAGUGUGAGGAGCCAGUGUGCGCAACUGUGGAUUUCUCCUCCGAGAACUUUCGGCAGACGUCCUUUUUCCUCGAGGCCACAGACGUGAAACUCGAGAAGGCCAAGCGCGAAGACGCGGGAGAGGGAGAGCAGACGGAGCAGGAGCCGCCAGAGAGACGGCACGGCGAGAAGAGCGAGAAGGAGUCGCGCGAGAAUGCAUGCAAGAAACCAAAGCGAGAUGGCGACCAGACGGAGGCGGACGAAGAGGAAACGGACGAAAGCGAGGAACUGGAAGACGUCGGCCGGCGCAUCCAGGAAGUGAUUGCCCGAGAAGCCGAGAAGCCUCUCGAUCUCGCGCGCGUCCGGAUGCUCUUGAGACGCGAACUCCUCCAGUUCUACCGCGCACUCGAAACCAACCCGCACGACACAAUGGCCGAGCUCCUGAAUGAGUACAUUGUGAAUCACACGCAAGCGAAGGAUCUCCAGAAUUUCUUGGAUCUGGCCGCAGUGGUCAACACUCUCGCGGAGCAGCCCGAGGCGUUUUGGCGGGCAGAGCUCCGUCGCUGGUUCCUCGCGGAUUCGGCCGCGUUUCCCGUCGGCGUCGCCUGCUACCCGAGCACGUCGCUGUCGAGCGAACUGCAUGCGGCGGACCAGGCGCGGGAGGCUCGUCUCCGGGGGGCGAUUGGCGAGUCGCAGCUCGCGCAGUUGGCCGACAUUGUUGAGGAGAUCAAGACGCGCCAGAAGCAGCCGCCGCCGAAAGACGUGCUGCUGUCGGUGCCCGUCGCCAGCAUCGACAAAGUGGUUUUGCCAGACAAGGCUCCGCUCUCGAACUUUGACGCGCCGUGCGAAGGCGCGCGCGAGGAGACAGCGGGGCGCAAGGCCACACCGGGCGAAGCAGUUCUCUCCAGCUUCCCAUUCCCCGUCCAACUGGACGCGCAGGCCACCGAGUUUGUGCAAAUCAAACUGCUCUCGCGAAUUCCCCAUACUCUGUCUCCCCACGAACGGCAAGCUCUGAUGCUCCUCGCUGAUCUCAUCUUUGAGUGUGAUCUCCUGCUGCCGGCGUCUCUCGCCGAGCGCCUCCUGCCGGCUUCCGCAUCGGGUGGAGAGACCGAUCCGAGCGCUGCAGGCACAGCGGGUUCGCCCGCAGCCCCUCCAGGAUUCGCCCGAGUGUCCUACGAGCAACUGACUCGGCUGCUGUUCGAGCACGCGACUUCGUCGUCUGCCGGUCUCGGUUUCCACGCUGACAGCGGCGCCGGCGCGGGCUCUGCCUCGCUCAUGUACGACCUCUUCACGCUGUCCAUCACGGCGCCGGUGGAUCGCUACUUCCAGGCGACAGCGCUGCUCUUUGGCGUCCUGUGCGGCCUCCAGAUCGAGGCGAGCCGGGUGUCUGUACACCUCAAGCGGCACCUCAAGCAGCUUGUCCGGAAGAAGCGGUCUGCGAAGUUCCUCGUGCAGCAGCUGGAAACCGGCCUACGGUACCGGCGCGGCGCCGUCCCAAACACCUGCGGCUGGGGCCAGCAGCUGGCCGCGAUGAAACGCAUGCAGCGCGACCUCGCGCAAGCCACCGAGACCCUGGUUGAGGUGUACGGACACCUGUUCCAGCACCUCGGCUUCGGUGUCCACAUCGUCGCCGACGUUGCGCAGCUCCCCGCAGACUGGGAACAGCCCUGGACGGACCUGGUGCAACUCCUUGCCUCUCGGCCCAAGUUGCUGCGUUUGCCGCUCGCGUCGAAAUGCGCGAAAACGGCGAACGCGGAAGAAGUCGGCGAACGAGUCGGCCAGGCCAGCGAGAGAGACAGCGCGGUGCCGGAGCGUUGCGCGGGACGGCACAAGAAAUUCGCGCCGAUCGCCGAAGUCCUCAACGUGAACCCGUCUGCGUGCGACAACGUUUUCGCAGAGGCAGAGACACGCCGGGAAAUGCAACUGGAGACGCAGCUCGAGGGAGAAGGGCGAAAAGCGUGGCGACUUGCAUGCGGAAUCGGAAGCAGCGACGCCGGUCACGUCCUCGUUUCUGUCAAAGGCCCCGUCGGCUACGGCGCGAAAAACAAAAACCUCGCCGCGAUCAUGGUCAUGGCCGAAUGCUGCUCAAUGAUGGAGGGUCUCCUCUUCCGCACAGUGCGAGGCGCAGGCUUCGCGUACGGCUGCGAUUUCGCCUACUUCCCGUGGCAAGGACAACUCACGCUCCGACUCUCGCCAGCGACCAACCCGGCAGCUGCAGUGAAGGCUGUUGUUGAUGAAUUCCAAUAUCGAGUGCAGGCGUCGAUCACGGCGGGCACAAGAAUCUUCUCCGACGAGGAAAUUGUCGCUGGCAAAUGUGGCACACUCUUCUCAAUUGUUAGCCGCGAAGAGACGCAGAGCUGCCAGGCGGCGCAGUCGCUGCUGUGGCCACUGCGCGGGCAAACGCGCGACGAAAACCGACGCCUCCUCGACGCCGUCGCAAACACGACAGCCGACGAAGUCGAAACAGCCGCUCGGGUGUACCUACAGGCCGUCGUCGUCGCCUUGACGGGAACAGAAGAAGAACGCGAGCGCGUCGGCGGGACGGUGUGUAUCGUGACGAACAAGAAAAAGGCGGAGGCGACUGUCAAAGAGCUGGAGGAGGCGGGGAUGAAAGUCGCUCUUGUUCCGACAGAACGCACGCUGCGAAACCUGCAACUUGGCGUAGGCGAGACUCUCCGCGACCUGUGCGAUGAAGACGAAGAAGACGAAGGUGAUGACGAAGAUGAUGACGAAGAUGAACAAGAUGGCGAUGAAGACGAUGAAGGAGACGAUGAAGACGAUGAAGGAGACGAUGAAGACGACGAGGAUGCAUGCUGCGGCGAAGAGCAUGAGCACGGUGCACACUGCCACCACUGA